AUGCCUGCAGGCUGGGAAGAGCCAGCGGCUCCCGCAUCGGCCUGCUUCGCUUAAACACGGCCGUUAACUCUCCUCCCUGACGUGGGACCCACCGAGCCGCUUCUCUGGCUUUAAAGUUCAGCCCUCCUUCACUCCUUGGUCGGUUCACGAUAAUGUUGAGCAGCGUUGCUCUGCGCUCCCAGAUCGCCUCCGUGAUUGAUGCCUUGUCCAAAGCAGCCGUGGCAGAAAUCGCCAAAGUUGUGGAGGAUGGCAUGGUGGUGCUGCGGCUGGAAAUGUGCCAGCGUGAAAACGAGAUCAAGAAGCUGAAGAGCAACAUCGAGCUCCUGCACGGCGAGCUGAGAGUAACCCAGCAGGCGGUGACCCUGAGACCCGACCACCACGGGAGAGAUGAAAGCCAGGGCGGUGCUGGUGAUCUGAAGAACUCUCUUGAAAAUGUGCAUGCUGAUGAUGGACCCGGCAUUCUGUCUGUACCUGAAGUGAAGGUCAAAUGUGAACCUGUGGAGGAGGAAAAUCGAGAGGCCAGCAGACAGUCCGACAAACCAGGAGAAGAGCUGCCUCUGUAUGAAAGUGGACAGUGGAGAGCGACGACACAAAAUGAGGCUGGACACAACAGCUCUCAUUAUUUACGUUUAGGACAGAACUCCCUGUCAUGUCUUCCCGAAUCAUCUUUGGACAGUGGGCUGGUCGUGUCCUGCAGCAGCUCUGGUGGAUUUCAGCAGAACCACUUUGGUCGUGGGUUACUGGGUUAUAGUCUGUACCGCAAUGCGUACAACACGGUACGGAGGAGGACGGUAAAGAGGUUGAUGUUUAAGAAAGGCUUUAUCUGUCCGUACUGCGGCAAAUGUUUCGAGCGCGCGGGGCAUCUCGAGCGACAUAAAAGGAUUCACACUGGUGAGAAGCCAUACCGCUGCGAGAUAUGUGGGAGGCGGUUCAAUCAGAAAUGCAGCCUCAAGGAGCACACAAAGAUUCACAGAAGAUGUAUUCAGUCAGGACCUGUUGAGAUCCAAGUGGCUGAGCAGAAACUGAUUCCUGAGGUGAAUCCACCUAUUGAUGCGCAUCGCCCUGAAGAAGCGAUCGUUGAAGAUGCUCUACCUAAGAGUGAGGACAUUCUGCCAACGCCUGUACAGGUUAAAUCUGAGCCCGCAGAGAAGAAUAUCACACCGCCACCGCUCUUUCACGGGGGGAACGAGCAGACAAGAGAAGGAGUUGAAAUCCUCGGCGACACCUUCACAGCGUUUGAGAGAGACAGCCAGCAGUGGAUGCCCAGACUACAAAACAACCCCGAGAUGGGCAGUACAGAAUUUCUUAGCAGCUCGGAGCAAAACAUGCCAUCGUUCCCCGGGAUGGCUCAGUUACUCCCGCCACCAGCUGAAGCUUCUUGUAGCACCUUCUCUUUCCCAGGAAAACCGUACAGCGAACUCAAAAACAGCAUGAUCUCCCAAACGCCCUUUGGAUCCUCAGACUCUCUUAUGAUCUCACAAGAAGGAGGCUUACACGGUAUGACAGAGACCUUGAUGAAUCACGUGCAUCAGAGGAGAAGCAGAUCUUUUCAGGUAAUCAAACCAAAGAAGUGUUUCAUCUGCUCGUACUGCGGCAAGAUCUUCGAGCGAGCCGGACACCUUGAAAGGCAUUUGCGAAUUCAUACCGGUGAGAAGCCAUACGGCUGCCACAUCUGUGGGAGGUGCUUCAAUCAGAAGAGUAGCCUCAAAGGCCACAUGAAGACACACAGAAAUGGAGAAAACCCAGAUGUGCUGGAGCCCCAGCACAUGAUGUUUACACUUCCUGAUAACCAACUGUUGCAGAACAUGGCAGAAUCUAAGAAUGGACUACCACCUUUUGAGGAACCCUUACCAGGCCCCACAUACGGUGAGACGGCCAGGGAGGAAACGGUUAUGGUAAAGCUGGAGCCUAAUGGAGAGGAUUUUCAGGCUGUAGGUCAGGUAGGGACUGACAAUGGCACGGCAGCACCAGAUCAAAGUCAGCUGUGGACAUCUGGGAUGGAGAAGAGCAGCGAUGCCCCUGAACAAACCGUCUGUGUACUUCUACAAGAUGUCAAGUAUCACCUCAGUCCUGCUGCCGGAGCCGCGAGUGAGCAGCAGGGAUAUACGUCGCCGAUCAAGGAUCUGCCUUUUCUAGACAACAAAGAAAAUGAAGAAAUGAUGCUCAGCGACCAGUAUUCUAUCAUAGGCAUGCAACCCAGCAGCUCUGAUAUAACUCUCACACCUGAGCCACACAAUCAGCAUAUCAUACACAAGGUGGCUGUGAGUGAUUACAACACAGCGAAUGACCGGACUCCUGAAGGGAGUGUUUUUGGAUUUAACAUGAACUCGUCAGCUGACCGUGAGGGAAACUGUGGCGAGGAAUCUGCCACGCAAAACUGCUUCAUAUGCUCGAACUGUGGCCAAAGCUUUGAUAGCUUCGAUAUAUUUCAGAGACACCAGUGUGAGAAAAUCACAGAGCAGCCUUUCAGCUGUGAGAUCUGUGGAAAGAGUUUUAACCAGAUGAGCAUCCUGAAACUGCAUCUUAAACUGCAUGUGGACUGAAAUAUACAAAAAUAUAUAAGCAUAGCACACAAGUACAGUUAUUCAUAUUAUUUAUAUAAACACUUGUAGUAAAACUCUCAAAGGCUGAAUCUGAAGAACAAAAUCUUGAGGUAGGUUUUUUUUUUUCCAAGCACAAAAAUGACUGAUCCAUCUGACUUCUGUGACAUUUUUAAGUGCUCACAGAAAUGCUUUCCUGCUGCUUCGAACCACUUCAUCUGUUUUUGAAUUGAUUGAGGAGUGUAAUUGCUCUGCAACACAACCGCUCUUUACUUGCUCUGUAUUGUUCUGUGCUGGGCUCUUGAGUGCCUUUCACAAUAGUGUAAUUAAUAUGAGGAGAGAAACAAAGUUGAGAGUAUGGAAGCGCGAUGCAUUCACUUGACAUGAACAAAAAUACACCUGUGUUUUUUCUGAAUUACUAUAAUUAUCUUGGAAAUCCAAAGAAAAACUUGAGAUCUUAAAAUCCUAAAAGAGGAGAGAGUCUUUGAGUCAUGUAGUUGAUAACAUUACAAACUGUUUGCUGUAUAUUCAAGUGUUUUUCUGGGAUCCCUUAAACAUCAACAUACAAAAAUAGCAGUAUCUCCCAAAGUUUUAAACGUGAGCAAAAGUAAAUCCAUCCAUCCAUCUUCUUCCGCUUAUCAGGGGCCGGAUCGUGGGGGCGGCAGCCUAAGCAGAGAAGCCCAGACCUCCCUCUCCCCAGCUACCUCCUCCAGCUUGUCUGGGGGAACACCAAGGCGUUCCCAGGCCAGCCGAGAGAUAUAAUCUCUCCAGCAUGUCCUGGGUCUGCCCCGGGGCCUCCUCCAGGUGGGACAUGCCCUGAACACCUCACCCAGCAGGCACCCAUGAGGCAUCCUUGUCAGAUGCCCGAAUCACCUCAACUGGCUCCUUUCGAUGUGGAGGAGCAGCGGCUCUACUCUGAGCCCCUCCCAGAUGGCUGAAAUUCUCACCCUAUCUCUAAGGGAGAGGACAGCCACCCUUCAUAGGAAGCUCAUUUCUAACUGUGUAACACUAAGUGGGGAGUCAGGAAUUAUCAUUACUACUCAAGAAAUCAAGCUUUCGUGUUCUUUUGAGAUCUUACGUGAAAUAUGUUUCUUUGGUUGGCUCAAACAACUCAUUUUUAGCAUUUAUGCACCUGCAACACUUUUAUUUUCAUAAAGGUGAAUUAUAUAAGCCUAGAAAACCACAUUUUAAUGGGCUAAAAUUACCGAUUUUAGCAUCUAAACAAAAUCUGGUACCUGAGUUAACCAGCAGCACAGACAGAACAAACAGUGCUGCAUGUGCAUGGACUGGUCUCACUGAUUCAGAAAAACAGGAGCGUUUUUGCACAAGUGAAUCCAUUAUGUCUCUGUAGGUGAGAAACAUUAGAAGCUGUCAGAUGUUCUUGUCUGUAAACGGAGCAGUUACUCAGACUUGUCAUUAGUUUAUGUGUUACUAACCUUUUUUUUUUUUUUUUUUUUUUUUUUUUUUUGUUAGUAACAGGCCAAAAACAAAUGUUUGAUAUUUGCAAGCUACUAACUAAAAGCUUUUUCUGUUA